GCCCUAUUCACAACCUGGCUAUAACCUAUCAUAAGAAGCAUUAUUGCCAUCAACAACAGGUUAUUUCCUGUGUAUACUGAAACAUAUCACAUGAUUCUUCUUGUCCUAUAUUUAGCCUUGGAGUAAUGUCUGGUCCUUUCAGAAGCCAAAAUUGCCUGUGUCCAUGUACAACAUAGAAUCCCCAUAAUUCAAUAAUUACUAACACUGAGUUCAGCAUAUGUGACUCACUACUUCACUUGGACUUCAACCUUUUGCCCUAUGAUGUCGAUUGCGUUGAUAUCUUUCAAAUCUUUUAAUCAAAAGAGUAAAGUGUACAGUGAAUUGAAACCUCAUUUCUCUGGUAGCAGAUAUACUGUUAAUGAAUCUGACAACAGCCAGUCAUGUUGCUCAAGCAGAAGUGAAAAGUGAGACAGAUCAGAUCAGAUUAGAUUAUGACAUGUUCAGCAAAAACAAAUGGCAACAUGCAAAACAAUACUCAAAAUAGGCAAUUAAAUGUCACAGGAAAUAAACACCAAGGCAGAGUUGACCACUUUUAAAAGAUAUAGUUUUGUAGAGAGUAAUAAUGGCAACCUAUAGGCAGCAUCCAUCAUUUUGGUAAACCUGGAUUCAUAGACAAGACUUUAAUCUCUAGAAACAAAUCAAGAGAGACCAGGAUGUGUUCACGUGGACCUGGUGAGUCAUCACUUGCUGUGCUUUUUCACUAUGCCAGAUAUGUGGUUGUGGGUGUCUGACACUGGGAAAAUAAAGUCCACCGAGUCCAAAUCUAGUGUCCAACAUAACAUCAUUUACAAUGCACAAGUUGAACAUUACUGAUUUUUAUGGUGCAGCAGCCAAAACAACAGCACACAUAGAGAGCAGGAAUCAGAGACUUAUAUUCAGAAAACUACUGAGUGCAGGCAACAGCUGGAAGAUGAGUGCUGCUCAGAGUCCAUCGACACUGCUGUCCCUACAGUGCCACUUCACCUGGGAUCUGGACACUAGCAUGUCCAAACAUUUCUGUCUCAGGGACAAGUUGGAGGACAUUGGCACUGAGGAGGGCUACAGCUGGCUUGGUCACAUUUACAACCUGCAGGGGUACAUCCACUACCAGCUGGGGUUAAUUGAUGACGCCCGGAGAUUCUUCAGCAUGGCUGCAGAGGCCUUUCGCCAGAUGAGAAACACUGUCACAGAUGAGGGUCCUUGGUUGGUGGUGAACUACGGGAACCAGGCUUGGCUGCACCACCACCUGGGAGAAGAAGCAGAGAGCCAAGCUUACCUGUCAAAGGUUGACGCCCUGCUGAAUAAAUACCCAUCUCCAUCGCAGGACGAGCUGCACCCAGAGGUCUACGCUGAAAAGGCCUGGACCCUGAUGAAGUUCGAGGCAGACCAGAAGCUGCUGGCUGCAGAUUACUUCCAGAGAGCCAUCAGGAUGCAGCCAGACAUGGUGGAGUGGCAGACCAGCCAUGUCUUGGUGUUAGUAAAUGCCUUUAAACAGUGCAACAAAAAGCUGGGGGCUGACAUCUUAGAGAAAAUGAAAAUUGCCAAGGAGCAUGAUCCAGAGAAUUUGUUUCUUGCUGUGCUUUACCUUGAGGCAUGUGCCAAAAAUGGACAAAAAAUUGAGGCUGAAGCAUGUGAGUUGGCCAGAAGAAUUUUAAGAAAGCCAGUUAGCAGCUACAGUGGUAUCAAACCAUUACUAAGGUUCUACAGAAAGCAUGUGUCUAUGGAUGAGGCUAUUGAUUGGGCAGAGGAGGCUCUGGAAAGACAUCCAGAUGAAAGAUAUCUGAAGAGGUGUGCUGCACUCUGCUACAAAAAGAGAAUCUUCCUACAGAAGCACAAUCCACCGGAGCACAGCAUGAUAAACAGAGCAAUCGCUCUGUAUAGGGAAGUGAUUUCUCUCUACCCUCAUUCUUCACUUAAACAAAAACUGUCUCUUGCAAACUUAUACUCAGAGUCAAACCUCCAAGUUGAAGGUGACCAGAUAUUUCAGGAACUGCUAGAAAGUGAUCUGGAUCCUGAAGAAUCUCAGAUGCUUUACAACUACUAUGCUAAAUAUUUACAAUCUGUUCGAAAAGAGAGCCACAAGUCGAUAGAAUAUCACAUGAUGGCAGCGGCGAUACCGCAACAAUCAUUCUACCGCAAGAACAGCAUCAGUAUUCUAGAAAGGAUCAGAGAGAGAAACAGAAACCGAAUGUGUGGCGAGAUCGAAGAGCUUCUGGCUACACUGCAGUGUUAA